CGGCUAGCGCUCUCCGGUCUGCAGUUCUAAGAAGAAAGAAGUGGUACGAAGCAGGAUAAGAGUGUCGUCUGCUGCUAGACCCAUCUGAAACAGGAGUCGAACGAGUUUAGAAUCGCAUAACUGAGCGACAGAGAGAGGUUACCAUGCAAAGGUUUUUGUCCAACCUACUUCCAAGUAGUAGAAGAGAUAUAGACAAAGCUGCUGUUAAGAUUAUAUCUAGAUGGAUGUAAAAAAGGAGACAUGUGAGGCUGACAUAAAUACCAGGGAAAUAAUGGCUGUAAGUAUUAAGAAGGAGGACUGUGAUUGGGAAUCCAUCCACCCUAAACAGGAGAGUCUAAGUAUUAAGGAGGAGGACUGUGAAGCCGGGUUUGUGAGGGUUAAACAAGAGACUGAAGAGAAGUCUGUCAGCAUUGAGAAAAACAAUUGCAAAAAUAUGGAAAAUGUCAAGGAAGGCGACCACCAUUGUGAUUGUGAAGAUGAAGCAGUGACCGGGUUAGUCUCUUCUCAAAGCAGACACUGUACAUCAUCAGAGCCUUCAAUCCUUGUAAAGUCUGAAUCAUUACAGCCUGAAACAAAGAGAACUGAAGAAAUGUCAUCUGUUAGAAUUCAGAAACAUCAGCCAACACCUGAAAAAAGAGACAAACCUCACUGUUGUUCUGAAUGUGGCAAACAGUUCUAUCGCAGGUAUAAUCUACAGAGGCACCUAAGAAUUCACACCGGAGAGAAGCCAUAUUGCUGUUUGGAAUGUGGCAAACAGUUUUCAAGAAGAAGCCUUCUUCAGAUCCACAGAAGAAUUCAUACUGGAGAGAAGCCGUAUUGCUGUACAGAGUGUGGCAAACGAUUCCGUGGCAGGAGUCAUCUUCUGAGCCACAAAAGAAUUCACACAGGAGAGAAGCCAUAUUGUUGCUUGGAAUGUGGCAAGUGUUUUUCACGAAAGAGCAUUCUUACAAGACACAAAUCAAUCCAUACGGGAGUGAAGCCAUAUUGCUGUUCUGAGUGUGGCAAGCAGUUUUUACAAAGGAGUAGACUUCAUAGCCACCAAACAAUUCACACCGGGGAGAAGCCAUAUUGCUGUUUGGAAUGUGGCAAACAGUUUUCAAGGAGCAGCCUUCUUCAGAUCCAUAAAAGAAUCCACACUGGAGAGAAGCCAUAUUGCUGUACAGAGUGUGGCAAACAAUUUCGUGGCAGGAGUCACCUUCUGAGCCACAAAAGAAUUCACAUAGGAGAGAAGCCAUAUUGCUGUUUGGAAUGUGGCAAGCAGUUUUCACAAAAGAGCAUUUUUACAAAACACAAAACAGUCCACCUAGGAGAGAGUACAUUUUGCUCUUUGGAAUUUGGCAAACAAUUUUGUCACAGGAGUGGUCUUCAGAGCCACAAAAAAAUUGACACUGGAGAGAAGCCAUACUGCUCUUUGGAAUGUGGUGAACAAUUCUGUCACAGGUGAAGGCUUCAGUGCCACACUUGAAUUCACACGUAAAAGAGGCCAUGUUGUUUUUUGCAAUGUGUCAAUUAAUUUUGUCACUGUCGUACUCUCCAAAGCCGACAAAAGAAUUUCCAGUGGAGACACCUUGAAAACGCACAAAAGGAAAUGGAAUGGCCUAAGAAACCACGCUUGGAUCAGCUGCUAACUGAAAGAUCACUAGUCCAGACGCCAUACCAAACGUCUGUCUUAAUCAUAGUACACCACUGUGCUGGGAUAUGGCUGAGUGUAGACAGGGGUGCAGAAAUCCAAUGCCCGACUCAUCCGACACGGGUAAAUUGACCGUCGGACAAGCGUGUUUUUCUGGUUUCAGUUGUCCGCGGACAAGUGUAAUUUUCUGGAGAAAAAAUAAUUAUAUGUGCUGUGCAGGCCACAUUUUUACCACUACUUUCAAAUUUUAAACAUUUGGGUACGUACUUCGUGUGGAAACAGUCUACUUUGGCAUGUUCUUCAUGUCUCAAAUUGGUCUUCAAUAUUGUUUACAAAAUGAUGGCUGAUUUUUCAAAGGGGAAGCACUCUUACAGUCUUACAUAAGUAUUUUACCUUUUUAUUUACAUGCUUGGAGAUGCGGUCAUUUUUUUCAUGAGGACAUAACGAUGUAAUCUGACGAUUUUUCAUUAUAACCGAAAACUUUUAUAUAUUACCAGUAAUGGCAUACUGCACGAUAACGUGCAGUGAAUACACUUGACUUGAGCAUUCGGGCAUACACUGAAUAAAAUCUGUAACAGAGGUGCAAGGAAGAUUUUGCUUUAAGUUUAUUGUGCCUCGAUGAGGAAGAAUGGAAUACCAUUUCAUCACACCAUUCUAAAGUUCUUGGAUAAAUCUCAAUCUAUCAGUUAUGUGAAAGACAUGUUUGGACCACUGAGAACUGUAAGAACACCAGGGAAUAUCAAAAUGUCGACAAGUUGGAGACAUUCAGCAUAAUGUCAGUGUACAGUAUUAAACAUUUAAAAAGGGGAGAGUUUACCGAAUUGUUCUUCAACAUUUAUCCUAUCCCCUACAUAAAAUACAGAUAGUGCAUACAUUGUUUCGGAAUAAUUUAGCUACUUUUUACUGAAUUGUAAAUACUGGGAUAUGCUGAUCAAUUUGUAAACUCCUUUAGAAAUAAUGCAUGUAUUGUUAAUGGUGCCACUCUUUUGAAAAAUGUUAUUUGAAAAAAUAUGCAAUUGAAGACGAUAUAAAUAAACUGCAUUAAUUAUUUUUUGAUUAUU